AGGUGGCAUUUCCUGUUACUUAGCUUUAUAGUUUUGUGUAUAGUAAUUAGCAUGCAGAAAGCUGGAAAGAUGCCUCUAGUUCCAAAAUGAACUCUCUGUAGCUCUCUCCCUCCCACUUACACUCUCCUUUUAGUACCACCCCUUCCAUGCACCCUUUAGCCAGCAGCAAGACAGCUGUGUUUGAUCAUAAACCACUUAAACUCCAGGCUCACUGGCAGGGGAAACUUUAGCGUGAAGUGCAGCAUUGGUUUGUCUCGGGGAGGGGAGCUUUAUUCUCUUUUCCCUUCUCUCUCCCCGAACACUGAAGACUGUAGCAGCACUCUUCUUUUAAUUUCUCUGUGAACUUGAGUGAAGCUCAUCACAUUUUUCUGAGCACGUUAAGCAGCACCGGGAGAUGCCCUUAAACAGAGUUGUGGAGAAGAGGAGCAUAAAACAGACAGCAGAGAUGAAGCACGCCUUGCAGAUGGACUAAGACAGCCCUGGGAUCCUGGCAAGCAGAUCCUUCCCUGCAUUCUCUGAGCACUUCACAGUCUUAGUAAGUCUCUCACAGCAAUGGAUUGUCUGUGAAGUCAAAACCAGUUUGGCUCUUUUAGAAGGUCUUGCAUCAUUAAUUUAAACUAUCAAUGUGGAGUAAAAAUGGCUGUCUAGAGCAAAAUGUGUAAGGUGGAAAAUUUUUGGAGAAGAAAGUACUGAAUCAGUUGAACACAGCUUUGAAGCAUUAAAAUCUGCAGAAAUCAUCAAGCCCUGAGAAGUCUAAUCAUGAAUUCUGGAGUUGCUAUGAAAUAUGGAAAUGACUCCCCUGCAGAGCUGAGUGAGCUUCAUUUAGCAGCCCUGGCUUCAUUAAAGGGAGACAUAGUGGAGCUUAAUAAACGUCUACAACAAACAGAAAGGGAGCGUGACCUGCUGGAAAAGAAAUUGGCAAAAGCACAGUGUGAACAAUCCCACCUAAUGAGAGAGCAUGAAGAUGUGCAGGAGAGAACAACACUACGCUACGAGGAACGAAUCACAGAGCUGCACAGUAUCAUUGCUGAAUUAAAUAAGAAAAUUGAUCGACUACAGGGAGCAACAAUAAGGGAGGAAGAUGAGUAUUCAGAGCUGCGGUCAGAGCUCAGCCAAAGCCAGCAUGAGGUUAAUGAGGACUCACGCAGCAUGGACCAGAAUUCUGUUUCGGUACCAGAGAAUCAGUCCACCAUGGUCACUGCAGACAUGGAUAACUGUAGUGACUUGAAUUCUGAACUGCAAAGAGUGCUGACAGGACUGGAAAAUGUUGUCUGUGGGAGGAAGAAAAGCAGCUGCAGUUUAUCGGUGGCAGAAGUGGAUAGACACAUCGAACAACUCACUACCGCCAGUGAACAUUGUGAUUUAGCCAUUAAGACUGUAGAAGAGAUUGAGGGUGUACUGGGACGUGACCUUUACCCAAAUCUAUCUGAAGAGAGAUCUCGAUGGGAAAAGGAGCUAGCUGGCUUGCGGGAAGAGAAUGAGAGCCUCACAGCCAUGCUGUGUAGCAAAGAGGAGGAGCUGAACAGGACCAAGGCCACCAUGAAUGCUAUUCGUGAGGAAAGGGACAGGCUGCGUAGAAGGGUUCGGGAACUGCAAACACGUUUGCAAAGCGUGCAAGCAACAGGGCCAUCCAGCCCAAGUCGUCUUACUUCUGCCAAUCGACCCAUUAACCCCAGCACGGGAGAGCUGAGCACAAGCAGCAGCAGCAAUGACAUUCCCAUAGCCAAGAUUGCUGAAAGAGUGAAGUUGUCAAAGACAAGAUCAGAGUCUUCAUCAUCUGAUAGACCUGUCUUAGGAUCAGAAAUCAGCAGCAUAGGGGUGUCUAGUACUGUGGCUGAACAUUUGGCACAUUCCCUCCAAGACUGCUCAAACAUCCAGGAAAUCUUCCAGACCCUCUAUUCACAUGGAUCUGCUAUCUCUGAAAGUAAAAUCCGAGAGUUUGAAGUGGAGACUGAGAGAUUAAAUAGCCGUAUUGAGCACCUGAAAUCUCAGAAUGACUUGUUAACAAUAACACUGGAAGAGUGCAAGAGCAAUGCCGAGAGGAUGAGCAUGCUUGUUGGGAAGUACGAGUCCAAUGCCACGGCCCUUAGGCUUGCAUUGCAGUACAGUGAACAAUGCAUAGAAGCAUAUGAGCUGCUGUUGGCGUUGGCAGAAAGUGAGCAGAGUCUCAUUCUUGGGCAGUUCAGAGCUGCAGGUGUUGGUUCUGUUGGGGACCAGACAGGUGAUGAAAACAUCACGCAGAUGCUUAAGAGAGCUCAUGACUGCAGGAAGACAGCUGAGAACGCAGCAAAAGCCUUGCUGAUGAAACUAGAUGGAAGCUGCGGAGGAGCCUAUGCAAUCACUGGCUGUAGUGUGCAGCCCUGGGAAAGCCUGUCAUCCAACAGCCACACAAGUACUACCAGCUCAACUGCAAGCAGUUGCGAUACAGAAUUUACAAAGGAGGAUGAGCAGCGGCUGAAGGAUUACAUCCAGCAGUUGAAGAAUGACAGGGCAGCAGUGAAACUGACAAUGCUGGAGCUGGAAAGCAUCCACAUUGAUCCCCUAAGUUAUGAUGUUAAACCUCGUGGAGACAGCCAGAGGCUAGACCUGGAAAAUGCGGUUUUGAUGCAGGAACUUAUGGCAAUGAAGGAGGAGAUGGCAGAGCUCAAGGCACAGCUUUACCUGCUAGAGAAGGAGAAGAAGGCAUUGGAGUUGAAACUGAGCACUCGAGAGGCCCAGGAGCAGGCCUACCUCGUCCAUAUUGAGCACUUGAAGUCUGAAGUGGAAGAACAAAAAGAGCAGAGAAUGAGGUCUCUCAGCUCAACCAGCAGUGGAAGCAAAGACAAAUUGGGCAAGGAAUGCAGCGAUGGCACCGCAACACCGUUAACACUGGCUGAGCUGAGACCGUACAACGAGAGUGAACUGACGGCUGAACUGACAAACGCACUCAGGCGGGAGAAGAAACUGAAAGCUAGAGUGCAAGAGUUAGUGAGUGCUUUGGAAAGACUCACGAAGAGCAGUGAAAUCAGACAUCAGCAGUCUGCAGAAUUUGUUAAUGACCUUAAAAGGGCAAACAGCAACUUGGUAGCAGCUUAUGAAAAAGCGAAGAAGAAGCAUCAAAAUAAGCUGAAGAAACUGGAAUCACAAAUGAUGGCCAUGGUGGAGAGACAUGAAACACAAGUAAGGAUGCUCAAACAAAGAAUAGCUUUACUAGAAGAAGAGAACUCUAGACCACACACAAAUGAAACUUCACUUUAAAUGCAUCUCUUUCAAAGAUGCUUAGUGCCAUUACAAAUGUCUUUUGGAGGCUGACCUUUAGGUAGCUUCAAACACUAAAAGCUCUGACUGUCAAUGCUGACACACUUAAGCACCUUCUUUGGGAUACCAGAGAGGUGUCAUGGGGAUAAUGUAAGUGUUAACCUUAAGGACUGUUUCAUAAUAUAAAAUGGCAGUGCCUGAAUUAUCAUGUUAUAAUUAUGUAUAUUGUCUGUGUCAUUGUAUCUAUAUUCAUACAGCUUCUUUUCCAUUUUAUGUGUCCUAUGGGUGACAGUGUCAUGUAGCAAAGUAACUCAUGCUAAGAGGUUUUGAUUUGGGCAGUUUGGAGAUAAUUUGAAUUUACAAAAUCCCUGAGCUCCCUCUGCACACAACUCUGUGUUGUACCCUCAAGACUUGCUGCUGUGGUUAUAUCAACUAAAGAGGCAGCUGCAGAGCGGGGAGGUAAUAGGCUGGCUUGGUUUUUUGCACAGUACUUGCAGUACUGUCGCUCAUAGUGCAGAUCAGGUAGGAAAACUCCUGUUGAUUUGGAAAAAACCCAAGGAACCCUAGUUGCAUCUCUAAAAACCAUGAAAAUGGUGUAUUUCUUACAGUCUGUAAGAGGACUGUGAAUCUCACCAUGCCAGACAGACUGUGCCAAGGUUGGGUAGAAGGUAUAGACCUUCUGGUAUUUAUAUUGCAUGGUGUUUGCAAUUAUUUUGUGAAACAGUUGGUUUUUCUUGUUAAUGUGUUAUAGCCAAGGUUUUCUUUAAGCAGCUGGGCCAUUUUUGUCGUGUAUAGUGCUUAUUACAGCUUUCUGUGAUCAUGAGGUAGAAUGUUGUCUUUCUAUACUUAUUUUGACCAAAAAAAGGUACUUACUAGGAAUGUACCUGUUUAAUAUUGAAUACAUAGGCACAGAACUAUAAACAUGUAGGAGAAUGGAUAUACAGCCAUGAACAGAAUGUGAAUGAAGUCUUCAUACAGCUUCUUAGGUUAGUUUUAGUUACUGCUAGCAUUCUCUUCUCUUGUUUAAGUUGCACCAUGUUACUGUACUACCAAACUAACUGAAUUGAAAAUAUUGGCCUGUUAUGGUAAUGAACAUUAAGCAAAGCAUGGCGAUCAGGUUGAUUUCUCUAGGGAGUCUGCUGUAGCUCCUGUUUCAUUCAGAAUUUGUUUCUUUUUGACUGAGUACAUAAAACAGCUUCCAGGUUUAACAUACCAGACUAGAUGCCAUUAACUUCAUUAGCUUGUUACUGUGUUACACCCCUGCUUUCUCCUUUGCAGACUGUUUUCAAGUGAAUCUGAUUUCAGGAGUCGUUUAACCUUUUUGCUCUACAUGUUGCACCUCAAGUUUUAUUAGUGUAUUUAGAAUUAUGACAUCUCUCAUUUAUUCCUCCAAUUCCUAGUACUAGAGAAAUAGUUUUACAGGACUUUAACCAUUUUUGUCUACUUUUGGGUUAGGCCAGGCAGCUAAAAUAGUGGUGGGAAGUUGUGUUCAGAAUACGGCAUUAGUGUUAAGUCUUGGUUGCAUCUGAUACUGUAGCAGUUCGUGUUCCUGACAUCUCUCUUUACUGUAGCUGUUGUUUUCUUCUCUUCUUGGAGUAGUGAUUCUUACUUCUCUAGAGUCUGAUACCUCAGCUACAAAACCAACAUUGUAUGUAAUUGAUUGCAAGAGCAAGUUAAAACAAUGCUGAUUUCAAAAUAAAGUUGUAGGUAGUGAUGCCCUCUUUCUCAAUAUAAUUGCACUUCUUGAUUUAUAACACAAAUAGAAAUUUUUGCAAACCAGUCUGAGGGAACAGCAGGCAUAUUGCUUUCUUACUGUCUUUAUGGUUUUGCUAAGUAUCUAUCUAUCUAUCUGUCUCUGUGAUACUUCCCUUUUCUGACCAACAAGUUUCUCACCAACAGGAAUGUGGGGUUUUGCCAUAAGCUUUAGUGGUAGCUGAUCACACUUGUUUCUGAAGAAACGCAAAGAAAAUUAUCCACUGUGUACUGUGGCAAAAUGCAGUUACAGUUUUGUCUUAUUGAAUCUGAAACACCCAUGUAACCUGAGGUCAUCUCAAACUGUCAAUGUGAAAUACCUUUCACGUAAGGUGACUAGAAAGCACUCACUGCUGCACUGGAUUUCCUAUUAGGCUCAAUUUUUUUUCAGUUUCUUGGUAGCUAGAGAAGCUCUUAAAACAUAAUACAAUGAACGAAGCUUAAAGCAUUUGAAUUGAAGCCUGCCUUUAAAGGAAAGAUACAAAUUAAGAAAGCAUAAAAUGCACCUGGGUUUAAAGGCAUAAAAAGCUACCUGUCCCUCUGUGCCUUUUGCAGGCGUAACAAUUUGCCGAUUCUGCAUGAACCAAACAUUGUUUUACUGCAUUUACUGCCUGUCAUCUUCCCUGCCAACUGUGCUCCAAAUGUGUUUCAGAAUUAAUUAUAAAUCAUUGGUAAAUGUAAGCCAGUCCCCCUUUCUUCCCCUAGGGCUUACAGAUGAAAAAGCAACACUGGUAUCAUACAGCCUCAGCUGUGGCUGUAGUUUGCCAGGCCACCAGUUAUUUUCCCUAAGCAAGCAGCUACUGCUUCAUUUGUUGGCAUAUGGGAAAAGGCCAGUAGGGAAGUGGUAAAAAGUUUACUAUUAUUGUGAAAACUGUUUAAUACUCACAAUUAAGCUGCAGAUCCAGUGCACCUGUUAAAACUGCACCAACCCUGAGAAUGCCAAAAAACUAACCUCUUAUGCAACUGUUUGAAAUACCAGCACACCAGCCUAUAGAUGAGUGUGCAAAUCACUGAGUGACAGCAACAUAAGUCACUCAACACUUGUUGCAGAAAUAAUACAUUUGCAAGACAAGAGGUAGUUCUUGCCAACAAAUCCUAAAUUGUUCAUUCAUUAAUUAAUUUUAGGGUGGUUUUUUUUUAUUUUCUAAGUCACCAGAGUGCAUGAAAUUUUGUAUUUCACAGUAUGUUCAGAAGAAUGCUUUUUUUCUAAUUAAAUAUAUAAAUCUUCACCAGCUUGAAUGUACUGUUAGCUAUUGCAAAGCACAUGUGACUAAGUUUGCAUUAAUGUCAGUAUUGUUCUACUGGUUUUAUUAGGAUUUUCUCCUCCUGUAAUACCAUACCAUACAUUGUAAUUUUAGAAACUCUUCACCUUACCAAAUUAGCUUUAAAUGUAUUGCUGCUUUUUAGUUUCCUAGCUGCUGUAAAAUAGCUAUUUUGUGGUUAUUUGAUAUAGAAUUGUAAAAACUGCAUUUAUUUAUACAGAGACAUUUAUAAUACUUAUUUUACAAAUGUUCUUAUAUUCUGAAUAAAUUUCUAAUGCUA